AAACAACAAAUAAAAAUAAUGACAAUAAUCAAAUUAUUAUAUAAAUCUAUGACCGUGGAAUGGUAUUUUAUAAUGUUUUCAUUUUAAAGAGAUAUACUUUUUACAGUGUGCGUGCAAGCUUUUGCUUCUCGUGGUCCUCGAAGCCUAGCACCUAGCUUGCUGUGUCCCUUUGAAAUUUUGUACUUUAAAAUCUUUUGUAAUUCUAGUGUUUUUAGCUCUAAGCAAAAGCAGGUACAUGGGCAUAUCAAAACAUCUUGGACCAUGUAAAUACUUGUUCACUUUAGGUAAUCUUUAAUCUAUAGUUUUUCUCUCUCUUUCUUCUUUUUCAGUUCUUUUUCAUGUUUUUGCUUACUUUCUAGAGGAAAUCACUCACUGCGAUGUUGAUUUGACUGUUGUGAUUUGAGUCAGAUCAAAUGAAAAGUCCAGAAUAAAAUAUAUUUUGAUAAUUGUGUUCUCUGUCUGUGCUUAUGAAUGCAGAAACACUGUAUCAACAAGAGGAUUGCACUUAUUAGAUUACUGUGUAAUAUCUGAAAGCCAGAAUGUAGUAUUUGGUUUUAAUAACCACAGCUGUAAAGCUGAAUCGGUUCAAGUUUGACAAUGAUUCAGUUGAAACAAGAACAUCUGUCUGUGUAGAAAGGAAGUCACCUGAUCAGUCACACACGUCAUCUGCUUAUUUGAUCAGUGGUCUAGAAACGGUGCACAAUCAUCAUUUUGUGUCAUAAUUUUGUUUUUCACUUUCAGAAUCCUAAAACUUAAAAUGCGUAAUGUUUUAGUUUUGACUUGUCACGAAGGUUUAGUAGUAUAUCAUGUGUUUUUAAGUCUUGCCAGUUUAAGCAUUCAAACGAUGUUAAACUGUUCAAGCGAAAGAAUUCUUCAGUGCGCGAGCGCCGUUUUCUGCGCGCGCAUUCAGAGCACCGUUACAGAACUGGUUCACUUUUGACUUAUCGCGCUUGAACGGACAAAUACAAACGAAAUUAAGUCAAAUGCCCGUUAAGACUUUCUCAAUCACACCGGAAGCACCUCACUGGUCUUCUGUCUUGACAAAGGCUGAGCAAUCACAGUCCAGACUAUUUCCUUGUCUCACGCUGGAACCCAGACUUGGACAUGGUUUGAAGACUGCUAUGACUAGAUGAAAGAGCCAGGAAGUUCAGAGGAGCCAUGAUAUUUCUCAAAAUGCCUAGAUUAAAAAAAAAAAAACUACAUCUAAUAAUAAUAUGCUUUAGUACCUUAGUGCUCAUGGCGUACUGGGAAAAGAUUGACAAUAACAUUGUGACCCAUGUAAUGUCUUUCUCAUACCGCUACCUCCUUAAUAGCUUCACGUUCAUUAACGCAAGCUUUAGAGUCAAUCCCGAAGACGCUAUCAAGUACAGCAACCACAGAUACCUAAUAAACCACGAGAGGAAGUGUGGUGAAAAAGACGUUCUUCUCCUGCUCUUUGUGAAAAGCUCCUCUGAGAACUUUGAAAGAAGACAGGCCAUUCGCUCUACUUGGGGAAACGAGGCGUACAUUGAAAGGACGCUGGGUGUUACUGUAAGGGUGUUGUUUGCUCUUGGCCUCCAUCCUGAACCUCAGCAAAGAAGACGACUUGAGAUGCAACUAUUGUUUGAGGACCAAAGAUAUCACGACCUCAUCCAGCAGGACUUCAUAGACACCUUCCACAAUCUUACUCGGAAGCUACUUUUGCAGCUUGGCUGGAAAGAAACCUACUGUCACCGUGCGCAGUUCCUCAUGUCUGCAGAUGACGACGUCUUUGUCCACAUUCCCAACUUAAUUCACUUCUUGCAAGGGAUUGGUCGCAGUAACGCCAAAAACCUUUGGAUAGGAAGGGUGCACCAUGGUUCACCACCCGUCCGAGACAAAGAAAGCAAAUAUUACGUGUCCCAAGACUUGUACCCGUGGUUGUCUUACCCAGACUACACCCCUGGCUCUGGGUAUGUCCUCUCUAGAGAUGUGGCUACCAAAAUCCAUCAAACUGCACUUACCAUAAACGCUUCCUUUCACAUCGAUGACGUCUUCCUUGGGAUCUGCGCCAAAGUGAUAAACAUUGCUCCCAAGGACCAUGCGUUCUUUUCGGGAGAGGGAAAAGCUCCUUAUCACCCUUGCAUCUACAACCAGAUGAUGACGUCACAUGGACACGUCAGCGAUAUUCAGGAAAUGUGGAAGCGUGUAAGAGAAGCUGAAGCUGGGCAGAUAUCCUCAGGACUGAUCUGGAGGCUCUACUGCACUGUCACGAAAGUGAGGCUCCUAUGCGUACCAUUUCUUUCAAACUCUUACCCAUGUAAGGCAGCUUUUUUUGAAUACGACAGUUAUUAAAAUUGAAAAGAACUCAUAUAUAUAUAUAUAUGUAUGUAUAUAGAAGUCAGAUUACUAGUGUAACUUUGUACUGUAUGCACAGGACCAGUAUGUUAGAUUGGUUCGGUAAGGAAUUCAGUGGUGUGUUCCGAGAAAUAAAAAAGUAAUUUACUGCAAUUAACAUGAAAUAAAAUUACAAAUUAAGAAGAAAAGAAAUGAAAGCAUGUAAGUAACAUGUAAGUCAUAUUCAAUGAAAAGAAAAUGUUCAGUUCAAUUUUGUCGCACUACUAGAUUAUGAAAAAUCAAAAAAUCUGUUAUCUUGGGAAGCAAGUGAUCAGCAUGCACUUCGUAGGUUCCUGCGUAAAGCUGACUUGCCAUCAAAUUAAUUUGGCUUUUGUGUUUAUAUAUCUUGGUUUACUUGCAUGUAUAUUGUAUGUAUAUGCUGUAUGUAUAUUUCUCUUCCAUUCUGUCUCAGUUUUAACAGCAGGUAUCAUGUUUUGUCUUACAACUAUCAGCUGAAAACACUCAUCCAAAACUAUUUUCUUUGUUUAGAACUUAUAUUUCAUCUAAAUGUAGAGAAAUUUAAAGAAAGAUUUUCCAACAAGGCUGAGCUUAGAUUGACAACCAAAAGUUUGACUAAAAAUGUAAUUGCUCUUAAAGAGAUGGCUCACAUUAAAUACAUCCAUUCUCUGAACCUCUGUAGGGUUGGCAUGAAUUGAUAGCCAGUCCAUUUCAGGUCUGAUUGAAAACAGAUAUAAACUAAGUCUAAGUUACACUUUUCUUUGUUUAAUAGUGCAUAGAAAUAGUACCUCUUUACAAAGCCACAUACUGUAUUUGGAUUGAUUUUAACAUAAAGAUCAGAAAUGUCCUAAAAUAUUCUUCUGCCAUGCCACAUAUUACACUCUGUAGAUCGACACCAGUCUCUGUUGAAGCCCAUCGUCCCAUGCAGCAUUACUCUGUUAACGAUUAAACUGUUACCUGUACAAGGUGGGGCUUUGCAUACUUUACCAGAGAGCAGAAUAUUUUUCUGCUCUGUGGUCUUCAAGUGUGCUUCCUUUAUUGACACAGAUUAAAUUUUUACCUCUCCAGAAUAUUUAUAAAAGGCAGCUAAAUUUAAUUUGACUAUGCUCAGCCUGUUUUUGGCAUAUACACCUUAAAGGACUGGCUUUUGAAUACAAUGAGCACAAUUAAUGGUUAUCAAUGAAAACAGGGAUCAGGUCAGGGAUCGUGGCAUAUACAAGGAAUCAUAUCAGUGGCAUUUGAUUGCAAAUUCUCAAGCAAACAUGAAUGAACAAUCUGCCUAAA